UACAAGCCCGUCUCUUUCCCUGCUUCACUCCGGAACUCCGAACGAGCCUCAAUCGAUCUCGUCAUCCAAGGAAGUUUCCCGUCCCCCUCCUCCUCCUCGCUCGCCCGGUCUCCCUCGCUCCCUCGUUCCGAUCUCCGCCUCCGGUUCGUCGCCGAUCACCGAAAGAUGAACGACGCCGAUGUGUCGAAGCAGAUUCAGCAGAUGGUCAGAUUCAUCCGCCAGGAGGCGGAGGAGAAGGCCAACGAGAUCUCCGUCUCUGCUGAAGAGGAGUUCAACAUCGAGAAGUUGCAGUUAGUGGAAGCAGAAAAGAAGAAGAUCAGACAGGAGUAUGAGCGCAAGGAGAAGCAAGUGGAAAUUCGAAAGAAGAUUGAAUAUUCGAUGCAGCUGAAUGCUUCUCGGAUCAGGGUCCUUCAAGCUCAAGAUGAUGUGGUUAAUUCUAUGAAAGAGGUAGCAGCCAAGGAGCUUCUUAAUGCAAGUCGUGAUCACUAUGUCUAUAAGAAUCUUUUGAACAAUCUCAUUGUCCAGAGUUUGUUAAGAUUGAAAGAGCCUGCAGUGCUACUUCGUUGUAGAAAGGAUGACCUGCAUCUGGUGGAGUCCAUCCUGGAUUCAGCCAAAGAGGAGUAUGCAAAGAAAGCAAGCGUUCAUUCUCCGGAAAUCAUAGUCGACAAUCGUGUUUAUCUUCCACCUGCUCCUUCCCAUCACAAUGCCCAUGGCCUUCACUGUUCAGGAGGAGUUGUUUUGGCUUCCCGAGAUGGGAAAAUUGUGUGUGAGAACACACUUGAUGCGCGAUUGGAUGUUGCCUUCAGGAAAAAGCUUCCAGAGAUCCGCAAGUGGCUAUUUGGUCAGGUUGCUGCUUGAGUUGGGCAGAUCGCUCUGUUUGACUGUGCCUAUAUUGUGCUCUCAGUUGAAAAAAUCUAUUCGUUUGCUUUUCAAGAUUAUCUCUGGAGUGUGGAAAAGCACUGAUUGCUACUUAUAAUUAUUUGAUAAGCUAUUUACAUCGAAUAAAAAUCCUGGAUUGCCGAUA